CAAAGGUACCGCCUUUGAACCCUGACCUUCUUCCUCUCUUUGGUUCCUCAAGAGACUACAUCAAUGGCAGAUGCUUGAGGUUUUGGUACUCAGAACUUCAGAGGGAAGUGGCGGAUAUGGCUUCGCUCACUUUCAUAUGUUCCCUUCCUUUGCUCAGGAAUCAAACAAAUUGUGCGGGUGUUUUUUUGGCACCCAAUCUUGUCCGACUUCAGAAUUUAAAAGUGCAAAAGUUGCUUAUGCAUGCAGUCUCCAGGAAAGCUGCUUCUCAGAUCGAUAGCGAGGAUGGAUCUGAUGCAGAAAUUGCUGAAACUCCCCCCAAGAAAACUCGAAGAACUCCGAGACGGAGCAGAAAGCAAGUAGCAGCUGAGACUUGUGUAGAAGGUUCAGUGAAUCAAGAGGAGAAUGUGGCUACUAAAGAGGCUGGAGAAGAAGAAAGCACUGUUUCAGCGACAUCUGUUGAAGAACCGAAAAAGACUGCUAGAAGAGGACGCAAAAAAGCUGCAUCUCUGCCAAACACAGAGGAAAGCGCUGAAAAGAAAACAACUACUAGAAGGAGAUCCAGAAAAAAGACAGAUAAACUGGAGGACAAGAGUAUGAGUGUAGAACCAAGCGAUGCUGAUGAACUGCAAUAUUCGAUUGCUUCCGAAGGCCAACAGGAGUUAGAUUUAGACGAACAUGAGGGGGAGGAUAUUAGUUACACAUAUAGUUGGCCACCACUUGUUUGCUGCUUUGGCGCUGCACAACAUUCAUUUAUACCUUCCGGAAGGCCAGCUAAUAGAUUGAUUGACCAUGAAAUCCAUGAGAGGAACAAGGGUAUGUUGUGGCACCCAUCUAAGUUUGUAAGGGCUCCUGGUGGUUCAGCGUCCAGUGUUGCUGUUGCUCUUACAAGUUUAGGUGGCCGGGUUGCAUUCAUGGGGAAACUUGGUGAUGAUGAGUACGGGCAAAGCAUGCUCUAUCAUUUGAAUUUGCAUGGUGUACAGACUCGAUCAAUCAAGCUUGACGAAGAAAUUGCAACUGCAGUAUCUCACAUGAAAAUUAGCAGACGUGGUGACCUCAAAAUGACUUGUGUUAAACCUUGUGCUGAAGACAGUUUUUUAGCCAAAGAGAUUAAUGUUGAUGUUUUGAAGGAGGCAACAAUGUUCUAUUUCAAUUCUACGGCCUUGCUCGACCCGAACAUGAGAUUUACGACAAUGCAAGCGGUUAAAGCAUUCAGAAAACUCGGAGGGGUUGUAUUCUUUGAUCUAAAUCUUCCAAUGCCAUUGUGGCACUCAAGUGAGGAAACCAAAGCAUUUAUUCAGCAAGCUUGGAACAGCGCGGAUGUUGUUGAGGUCACUAAAAAGGAGCUAGAAUUUCUUUGUGGGAUACAACCUUCAGAGAAGUUUGAUACCGAAGACAACGACAAAUCGAAAUUUACUCACUAUGCACCUGAGCUUGUCAAGCCCCUAUGGCAUGAGAAUUUGAAGGUCUUGUUUAUGACAAAUGGAACGUCAAAAAUUCACUAUUACACAGAGGAAGUUAAUGGUUCAGUUCAUGGGAUGGAAGACGCACCGAUUACUCCAUUCACUGGAGACAUGUCAGCAUCCGGGGAUGCCAUUGUUGCAGCUCUAAUGAGGAUGCUAACAGUUCAACCUCAUCUGAUCACUGACAAAAGUUAUUUAGAGCAUAUGAGCAAGUAUGCUAUAAAUUGCGGUGUGAUAGACCAGUGGAUGCUUGCAAGAAUCCGCGGUUUCCCGCCUAGAGAUAGCAUGGAGGGCAGGCCUACUGGAUAUGGUUCAACAAGAUCAAUCUCCGAGCGAGAUUAUCGAUCAUAUCGAUCCUUCACAGCUAGUAACCAAUAAUUUGCCAGCCUAAGGACAGGUUUUGUGGUUACUGUAAAACCAAACCUUUCUCUUAGCAUGCCAAAAUUCAGAUCUGUAGAUGUAGAACAAUUUUGAUAUUAACUGAACUGGACUGAAUUUAAUCUACAAAAAGAAGAGAAACACGAGAACCGGAGAUUCUUAUUUA